AUGAAGCACUACGUCGUAUUUGUUCUACUAAUUAUCAGUGUGCAAUGCAUGUCCAAUCCACGGAUAACAAGGCAGGCUGAUGAUUAUGACGAUGGCAUGGGGUUUAAUAGCAACGGUAGAGGUGGUGAUGAUGACUUCAUUGCUAACUCUUCGAGUUGUCCCGCAGGGAUGACUAGAGCGCCGUGGGGCGCUUGUAUAGCGUGUUACGAAUACCGGCAAAAAUUUGGCCAUGCGGGAAAUAACUGCUAA